AAUCAUACUUUUUACUGCAUUAAAAUCAUACUUUUUACAGCAUUAAAAUCAUACUUUUUACAGCAUUCAAAUCAUACUUUUUACAGCAUUCAAAUCAUACAUUUUACAGUAUUAAAUCAUACAUUUUACCAUGUUAAAUCAUACUCUCUUCUUUUUUUUACCAUGUUAAAAUCAUGA